AUGGAAAAUUUCCACGACUUGAUUAGAAACCAGGCUCUCCUCUCCUCAGCUUGCAUCAAGCAGACGGAGACCCCUACCGGCGCCUCCAGCACCCCAGAGAAGCGCUACCGAUGUAAAGAGUGUGGGCAGAGCUUCUCCCGCGCUGAACACCUGAAGCGCCAUCAAACUCGACAUACCGGGGCUAAACCAUUCUCUUGUGUCUUCUGCUCUCGAGACUUCUCGCGCAAGGAUCGCCUUCAAACGCAUUAUGGCCACUGCCAACGGCGGGGAGACCGGGAUGUCCCCAACUCGAUUCCCAAGGGUCGACGACCGCAUGCUUGUGUGACGUGCAUUUCCUCCAAAAUUCGGUGUGACGGAGGCAGUCCUUGUGCACAGUGUAAGAAGAAACAAGUACAGUGUCGCCAAAAGCACUCUCUACGAGACAAGUCAAGUAGGCCCUCUAGUCCGCCACAUGUAGACAAACCGCUUGGCGAUGGUGCUGAUUGUUUUCCAGUUGCCGAGAAGCUGGGCCCCCUAGGCGACCGUGUGUCCAUUCAGGCACUCCUCAACGGCGGCACCGACACAUUCACAGAGACCUUCAAUCUCCCUCCUUGCGAUGAUCGGCAAAGAGGGCUGCAGUUCCAUCAACAAAAUGAAGAAGGGGAGGAAGAGGAAAACGACGACGCCGAUCCGAAAUCGGAAGAUGACGGUCUUGCUACUUUCGACUUUUCCGGGAUGUUUCAGAUACCUAUGGGAAUUGAUGAUCAGUAUCUGGACUUUUGGACAGGGCCUUUUGGGUUGAUUCAAUCCCCUUCAUAUACUGAUUUACAGCUGGAACUUUACGACCCGGCCAUGAUAUCGCCGGACGCUCACAUUGGCUCCACACCCUCCAGCUCGACACAGCAGCCUUCGGAUCAGGCGCCGUAUGUCUCAGCGCUGAACAUGGCAAUCUACAAUAAGCUAUGGUGCCUGGCUUUGGAUGAGAAAUCUCGCCAAGAAUUGACUGCAUGCCUGAAUUUUGUCUUGACCGCGGAGAAGAUCCGCAAGUUCAUCUCGCUCUACUUCCGGAAUUGGCAUCUGAACUGCCCCAUCAUUCAUCGACCGUCGUUCGAUCCCUCCAAAGUCCCAGUGGGCUUGGUCAUCAGCGUGGUCUUCAUCGGGGCGAUGUAUUCCAAAGAUCAGACAGAAAGGCUUGCCGCGAAGAGACUGGUCGAUGUUGCGGAAUUGGUGGUCUUCGAUUCGGAAAUUUUCUCCUUUGAGGUCGAAGUCACUCGAUCUAUAGAAGGCGACUCUCUGCCGACACGUUCAGACUCUCUUCAACAAGAUCGGGACUGGGAGAUUUUCCAAGAGCUUCAGGCUGGCUAUUUGAUGGUCAUUGCGCAGUAUUGGGGAGGCACACGGGGUUCUAAACGAAGAGCAAUGCAAUCCCGGCUUGGAGAUGUCAUCAAUGUCGCUCGUAGCAUGCAGCUGCAUCAUGCGCGUCAUCGGCCGUCCGAUCGCAUCUCCGAAGUUGCUUGGCUACAGAAAGAGACGAAGAUCCGAACUAUAUCAGUUAUUGCAUUACUUGAUUGCGCCAUGAGAAUAUAUUCAAACUAUCCUUGUCGCAUAACGCUCGGCGAACUCGACAAUGACCUACCCUGCAAAGAAGCCAUCUUCAGCUCACGACACCCUUUCAUGCAGGACGACUCCAUCUUUGCACCAAGAUUGACGAUGUCUCAAGCGUUUGCUCUUCUUUUUGAUGGAAAAGCAAAGGCUUCUGAUUCAACAACAGCAUCACAGGCGGAUCCGUCCGAAAGUGGGGCGUCCUUAGAAGAAACAGAAGGCGGUUGCAACCUCACCAUAUUUGAUCUAUUCAUUCUCAUCCACUUUCUGUACACGUACGUACACUCCUGUGUAAUGACAAUGUCACUCAACUUGCCCACGACAAACUUUGGUCGCCGGAUCAACGGGGCCAAGUCUUCGAAUUUUGCCACGGGCCCCAUGGCACAAGAAAUCAAGGGCGCUUUGGAAAGAUGGCGCCAACUGUGGGAAAUCUUGCACUCGCAGACUUCGGAUAAAUCCCUGAAAGCCGAAGGCAUGUACAGAAAUGCGCUUCACUUCUGGGUCGUCCUUCAAUUCAUCAUGGCCAAAGAAGAAGCGGUCGAUGUUAUCACCAGCAUGGAAGUCAACUGCGAUGACGCGCUGACCAAGCUCAAAGUCCUCUUUCAGAAUGACAACGAGCAAGAAAUGUGA